GUGAACUUGUAGAUAAUAAUUAAUUAUACAACAAUAUGCUAUUCCAAUACGAGAAAGACAACAUCAUUAGUUGUGAACAAGCCACACGGCAGGAAGAGAAUGCCAUUCUCAAGAAAAAAGCUGGCCUUGAUACUAAACCUCCAAGUCUGAGCUUGAACUCUUUCUGAAUGGAGAUGAUGACUUCUGUGACUCCUUCACCCUACUCCAUUAAGCCUGAUCUUCAACACAAUAUUCAGAGCAAUGCAGGAACUCCAGAAGUGUUCCCUCUAUUUGGGAUGAGUCCAUUCCCUAUCCCAACCCCAUUGACUUCAGAUAAGUCAAGAACGGACCCCUACCAAAAUUAUGGACCAAUAGAACCCAACUCUGCUCUAAGCUUUUCUCCAUUUCCAACUCCACCUACCACCAACAAUCCCCAAAUAUUCUUUCCUUCUCACUCUCAGUCACUCCCUUCUGCCCCCAAGAGCAAGUUCAGCACCCAGAUUACCAAAAAGUCAAUCGCUAAGAAGAGGAGGAGUAGGAAGAAAUGCAGAGGAAUUUACUGCACUUGUGACCUCUCCGAAUCUUCCACUGAUCUUGCUAAUUACAUGUUCAAGAAGAGCAACCUCAAGUUUGUUACAGAGCUGCAGUCCUUCCAUUAUGAGAUUUGUGAGAAGCACACAGAGGUGACUAAGAAAAGAACCUUCGAGUUUGUAUGCAAGUUCAAUGGUGAUUGUAAUAUGAGGUUCGACAGAAGCUGGAACUUGUUGGACCACUGCAGAAUGCAUUAUGGUAUUAAACCAUUUCAGUGAGAGGAAUGUGGAAGAAGCUUCACACAGAGAGGCAAUUUAAACAAGCAUAAGCUUACCCAUAUUUAACUUCUAAAGU